AACGCCUCCCUUGUGUUGUACAAGACUUUUUUGACACCGGUGAGAAGUCUCGUGUUAGUUUGCUAAACUAUACGGGUAUUUAAUUAUAGAAUGGACAAAACUGUCAGUCUACCACAACAACUGAACAAAACCACCACGGCAUCACGAAUACUGAUCACCUCUACAGGCGUUUACUUGAGAGCUUAUUCAACAUGUUACAUAAGGCUUAGAAACUUCACCAAAUAACCUUGGUGGAGACCAGUAGUAACCCAAGUGGAAUGGCACUAGUAAGUCCCUACCAGACCAACCGGUUUGGGGAUCCCAUGGAUCUAGUUGCUCUGGCACAGCAAGUACAGAAGGGAGAUGAAUUCGUCAGAGCCAAUGCUUGCAACAAACUCACAGUGAUUGCUGAGCAGAUAAGAUACCUUCAGGAGCAAGCAAGAAAGGUUUUGGAAGAUGCCAAGAAAGAUGCUGAGCUUCACCAUGCUGCCUGCAAUGUUGUGAAGAAACCAGGAAACAUGUAUUAUCUUUAUAUGCGUGAAUCCGGACAGCGCUACUUCUCCAUUCUGUCUCCAAAGGAAUGGGGUCCUAGUUGUCCUCACAAGUUCCUCGGUGGAUACAAACUCCAACAUGACAUGUCUUGGACACCGCAAGAGGAAGUUGAAAAGCGCGAUGUUGAAAUUGGCAUCAUGGACAAACUGUUGAACAGACAAACUGCUCUUCCAGCCUGUACAGAGCCCAAUUUUGAAGGUCUUUCACAGUGAAAGGUCAUAGUUCACUCACGGACUGUCUUAUCGGCUCAUGGAUGCAACAUUAUCUUAAAAGCUACUAAUAGUUUAUAUACAAGUAAACUGAAUUAAAAUCAGACUGGAAUCUU